AUAAUUUAUAUUGACAUGGUAAAAGGCAUGAUGGAAUUCCCAUCAUUUCUAUGUACACUAGUUUUUAUUGGCCUUUAAGAAUAUUGUGAUGAAUGGAAACCAUGUGAAGGAUACUGGUGCUUCCCCAAGUUGAACUAAAUGUCUGCUGAGUGAUUAGCCUCAACAUUAAUUAGGCUCCCAUGUUAAUUAGGAGCACCCCAUGUAUUGUCCCGUUGUAGAACUGAGUGAAGACCAGUGGAACGAUUCACCGAACAAAUACAAAAUAUUUCAUUUUAAAUUUAUAUUCAAUUAAAAAUAGUGUCAGAAGACUGUCAACUAAUCCAAAGCAUUUUAUAAAGCUUUUUAAUAUCAGCAGUAGUGUAUAUAAAGUGGUCAUUCAGAAAUCAAGCCUAAGAACAAGCUAUAGAGAAGCACAUGUUAUGCUACUCUGUAUUAAGACAGUAACAAGGUAAGAGUCCCAGCACUGAACAAGGGACCAUGGUCCUCCAGGAUGACAGCCUACAUGCUGACCUGUGUACAGAUGACCGUCUUCCCAGCAGGGUGUUUUCAAGCUCCCCCAAUAAUUUCGGGAAACUUUCCAGUCGUGGGGCAAGUCUUCAAUGAACAAGAGGCCAGCUGUAUUUGGUUAGAAGAUGGUGCUGUUGAAGGUCUUGUCUCUCCGGUACCAGAGACAGGAAGACAAGAGGUAUCAAAGCCCCUCCGUCAAACUGAAGACACUGUCCCGUGGCCAGUAUGGCUUAUAAAACAGGAGGAGGAAGAUGACGAUGAUCUGGACUUACAAGGUGACAGGAAGUGGAAACCAGAGUCGGCAGAACCGAAUGUCACAGGAGAAAGCGACGGAGAAGACAGAGGUCAAGUCUUUGGUGGAUCUAGUGGACUUGAGGACUUCAAAAGAGAAUUUCAAGAGAGUCCGUUGCUGGAGUCUGUUGAGGACACAGCAUCACCUAUAAAGAGACACGUUAGACAAAUGUUAAAACACGCUGGAUCAACAUAUUUUAGCUGCAAUCUCUGUGAUGAGAAAUUCCAGGGCCAGAGUGGCUUGGCCAGACACCGGCGCCACAAACAUGACCUGGUGAAAGCCUACUGUUGCUCUGUGUGCGGGAAAGGCUUCACCUACAUCAAAUCCCUGAACUCUCAUGAGCUCUCUCAUUCUGAGGUGAUCUCUUCAGCUGUACCUGUGGAUGAAACCAGGGCAAGGAAAAUCAAUCUGACAGAUGAACCCACAGACGGGAAUGCCGCAAGAGACAUGAUUAGUGCCAUCCUUCACUCAAAGCCAGGUGGAGAAAAGGUCUUCCAGGAAUAUGCAAACUCCAAAGGUCUAACAGAUAGCACGCGGAGACUGAUGGUGAACAUAAUUGUGGCCGAUAUGAUGGAAAAUCAUGGGAGGACCCCACCAUCAAGUGUCCGCACCAACUACGCCUUGGGGAUUGUGACUUUAUUUCCUUACUUGAGUGAUCCAAAUUCUGAGCAUGGAUAUGAACAAUAUUAUGAUUCAGCUAGUGGGUCUGGCUACCUGACCUGGAGGAUAAAGACAGUGGGUCGCAACAAAUUAUGUAAGACCAAGAAGAAAACCUAUCAGAAUGGUUCAAAGACUCAACGACAUUCCUCAUCAGCUGUUGAGCCACUAUUGGAUGAACAGGUCAGUUCAGUGGGCUCCGAUUGCUCUGGUUCAGCUGUACAUCUGGAUGAAACAAGGUCAAGGAAACGGCGUCGGGCUGAUGAACCCACAGACAGGAAUGUUGCAAGAGAUAUGAUCAGCGCCAUCCUUCACUCAAAACCAGGUGGUGAAAUGGUAUUUCAGGAGUAUAUGAAAACCAAAGGUCUUACGGAAAGCACGCGGAGACUGAUGGUGAACAUUAUUGUGGCAGAUAUGAUGGAAAAUCACGGGAGGACGCCCCCAUCAAGUGUCCGCGCCAACUACGCCUUGGGGAUUGUGACAUUAUUUCCCUAUUUGAGGGAUCCACAUUCUGAGCAUGGAUAUGAAAAAUAUUAUGAUGCAGCUAGUGGGUCUGGCUACCUGACCUGGAGGAUAAAGACAGUGGGUCGCAACACAUCAUGUAAGACCAAGAAGAAAACCAAGUCCACUUAUCAAAAUGGCCCAAAGGUUCUGCGAAGUUCUGUUUUACCUGUUGGGCAACUGUCAGGUGAUGAAUGUGUAGAAGCAAUAUCCCAGCUGAAGCAUACAAAUGACAAGGCACUGGUGAAAGAGAAAAUGAAGAUGACGUUCCAAUAUAGACAGGCGAUGAUUCAUGAUCCGGAGAAGCCCUCAACUGUCCUUAAUGUCUUCCCAAGAUUCCUUGACACUCCAGGCUUGAUCAAUCAAGAUUUCACCAUGCUUUUUGGAGAGGUUGUGUCUGGAACGUUCCUGGAAAAGUGGCCAACAUUCUUCAAACCCAGGGUGAUAGCAGAUUGCAAAACCCUUCCUUCCAGUGAACUGGUUGAACACCUCCUGUCAUCUGCACAACAGGAACCGAAUGAUUAUGGAUGGGAGAGUGACCUUGCAUCCAUUUUGUUGCUCCUGCAUCUUUUACCCCCCACCUCAAAAGGCCCAAAGACUGCAAAGAUCCGUACCUCUCAAGCUGCUGACCAUCUGGUUAGAUUUCUAAAGGCGGGGACAAACAUGGCGACCUUUCUAAAGGAUGUUGGAUGUGACCAGCAGCCCUUCCUCCUUUGCGUUGGUGAACGGAAGAACAUACUCCAGAAGUUCUACGUAGUUGUCGACCAGAAGGCCAUCCCAUGCCAGGCUGAAACAUCACUAGCAGCUUUUGAUGAGCUCUUUAAGGCACAUUAUGUCUUCAGUGUGACGUAUCAUGAAGCUUUGUGCAACUUCUACACAUUCAUCCAAACCACUAUUUACAGUAUCGAUGUGGGAAAGGCAAAAGAAUCCUCAAGAGUCAAGGAGAUUAGAGUUAGGCUGCUCAAUAAAAACACUUAAAGGACAUCCAACAAUGUUUUUAUUUAUACAUAAUAUCACUGUAGUUGUGUAUUGAGAAGUUUCAUGAUUUUAAAUAAAAAAUGAAUUUGGGCUGC